GUUCUCUCAUGUUCUAUCAGCUUGGAAUACUGCGCACCAGAAGGAUCUACAACUCAUCAUGAUUUUUACGCAAUGGAUUAACUUACCUGGAUAUUACCACUUAUAAAUUCUGCGAAGUAACCUGUCUGGUUUUUAGAUAUUCUGAUUAUCAACUACUUCAAAGAGUACUUUUUCCCCAACUAUUGGACACAUUUUUGCGCACUCUGUACACCAUGGCAAAUACUUGCUUACAGUUCACAGGCUUUGUGAUGAGUUUUCUUGGUUGGAUCGGGCUUAUCAUCGCCACUGCCACUAAUGAAUGGGUAGUCACUUGUAAAUAUAACAUGAACACCUGUAAGAAGAUGGAUGAACUUGAGGCCAAAGGUUUGUGGGCAGACUGUGUGAUCUCUACUGCGCUGUAUCACUGCAUCACACUCACCCAGAUUCUCGAGCUACCAGCGUACAUCCAGACAUCUCGAGCGUUAAUGGUCACAGCAUCGAUUCUGGGAUUGCCUGCUGUCGCGCUCGUGCUCAUGUCCAUGUCCUGUAUUAACCUCGGAAGUGAACCAGAAAGCGCCAAGAACAAACGAUCAGUGCUCGGAGGAACCAUAAUACUGCUGACUGCUUUUUGCGGCGUCGUCUCCACUGUGUGGUUUCCCAUCGGGGCCCAUCAUGAGAGGGGGUUGAUGUCCUUCGGCUUCUCGCUGUAUUCGGGGUGGGUGGGCACUGCACUUUGUUUGCUGGGAGGCUGUAUGAUCACCUGCUGUUCAGUGGACACCCCUGCUACUUACACUGACAACAAUCGGUUCUACUACUCCAAACAGGGCCCCACUCAUUCCGGCCCCGCAUCCACUAACCACGCCAAAAGUGCCCAUGUUUAAGCUUCGAGAUUGCUGCUCAGAGCUGAUUUCUACUCUGUUUUUGCUCUCUCUCUCUUUCCACUGUUUCUUGUCUAAAAAUGCUAAAUCUACAGUGGUGGUUCUUUGGAUAGUUAUCGUACAGCUAAACUCUGACCUUUUGAUAUUUCAACAGGGUUUGUCUCCCAAAUGUUACAUAAGAAAGGACAGUCACUGGUGAAGGAACUGCAAUGAAUGAUUCAGUGUUUAAAGGGUCUUCUACUGAUUCUGCUCAGUACAAUGUGCCAUUCUAAGUCCUAUUUUUGUAGUAAGAAACUCGUUUUUGCAUUUUUAUAUGAAUACUAACAGUAUUGCCAGUGUUGUUUUUAUUCUAAAUCUUUAAGUGUAUUUCGGUCUGUUUGUACAGCUAUAUUUUUGUUUUGAAAAAAUUUCAGAAUAGCCGUCCAAAUAAAACUAUACCAAAAUUGGACCAAAGCAGUAAUUAUUUAGCAAUAUUAUUUAUUGUAAUACUGGUAUGCAGUUUUUAUUAAGUUUGUUGUAAUAAACAAUGUUGUCCAUGUGAAAAUGCCUGUGAAAUAGUUUUUUUGAUUAUAGGUGACAUGUCAUUUUUAUAAAUGAAACCCUCUGUGCUGGGAAACUGAACUGAAUUGCUCUCCGCAGGACUGUAUACUGUCUAGAACGCAGCGUCUGCUGUCAGAUGCCCAGGCAGGUGUAGUGCAUCAUCAUUAAACCUCUCAUUCAUUCUCUCUGAAACCACUCGAGACGCACAUACAGUUCAGGCACCCAAGACAUGUACGCAUAUCGAUUUCUCUUACUCCAAUGAGAAACUCACCCCAUUACGACCAACGGGCAACUCAAUGACUGGCAGACAGCGCUGAUUAAAGGUUAACGGUCACAUUUGGCCAUAAAGGAAGAUUUAUGCGACAAGUCUUCGUCUUUGUUCUCUGGUUGGGGUCCUUGCACUGAAUGCUUCCUGUAAUUCAUGGAGUUUCAGUGGAUAUACAGACAAAAAUGGCUGAGCAUAUAAACAACACGUGAAAGCUUUUAUACAUCGUGUAAAAAAGAAAACAGCAAAUUUAACCACUACAGUAUGAUUUAUCCGUGUAGCAUGAUGUUUAGGUGUCAAAUAUUGCUUUUCAUUGAUCUUAUACAUUCAGUCUUUGGUUAGAGGUAGUUUGGGGUGAAGAAAAUUCAAUAAAAAUUCUAUUGGAAUCUACAAUAUUUUUCUUUUCCAGAUAUGGCUGAAAAUAACAACCUAAAAGCAGAGGGUGGGUAAAAAUAAAGCAGAUAUUGAUUUGAAUUAGAAGGAAUCAGGAAGAUGAAAAGUUAUUGUUAAUACAGCCUUGAUUGGAGAAACGUUGUUUAGCACUUUUUUAAAGGGUCAUGAAACACUAACAAAUUUUAAAAGGUUAACAAAUACUGUGUGUUGCAGAUAAUAUACAUGGUAGUUCAUCUGAAGCAUAAAGUAGAUCAUUUAUUAAUUUUGGGUCCAUUUGUUUUGUAUUUGGUGUCAUGAACAAAAGAGCCCCCCUAGCAUAAAUGUGUCCACCUAAUGAUUGUACAGGCUGAAAGGACUUUUAAUGUGAGCUCAAACAAAACAUACACACUAGGCCCAUAUAUGUUGUCUUAAUUACGUAAAUAUGAAUCUAAUUACCUUAAGUUAAUAAUCUAAUUAAGUUUUUUUGUCUAAUAAUUUACCAAUAUAUAUAGUGUGAAAUAUUCCUCAUUCUUUAACUGCUCAGCAUACUAGCUUAGCAUACCACUAGCCUUUUAGCCUGCUGGAUUAAAACAUCUAUUCAUCUUUCAUUAUUUAAGAACAUGCAAAUAAAAAAAAAAACCGAAUAAAAUAUUGAAUGUAAAAUACAUUUAAUAAAAUCACCUGUUGUACAAUAUAAGUACUAUUCCCAAGUGUGGACCCAAUUGUUAAGAGGGGAACCAGCUAUUCAUGGCACCAGAUUUGAAAUUAAUAUUGAGUCAGAAUCAAUUAAUCAAUUAAUCAAUAAAUAUUUGUUAACUAAAGUCUAUGUCGGAUGUCUCAAAAUGUAUGAAAACUGAUUACUGUGGGUUUCAUGACCCUUUUAAUGUUCUUUGCAUAAUUUUAGAAAGGUAUAUCAGCAUUUGUACAAACAUAUGACAACUUCAUACACUAGUCAAAGUGCUGUAGGGGUCAAUUUCUUGCAAGAGAAUAAUCAUAUUUCUAAUAUGAAAAUUCAGCAACCAGGACUCGCUAAUUUUGUUUUCCUCGGAAAACUGAUAGUAGCUUAAAAAAAUAAAAAUAUUGUGUACCUAAUACACCAGUAAAAAGAAAAUAGAAAAAAAAGGAGUUAAUGAUAAAAAUACAUGCAGUUUCCAGAAUGUUCUGAAAACACCAAAAGGCUUCUUACAGGAAAUGACUUUGAGCAGUGAGUUAACAUCACCUUUUGCAUACAUGUAAGACUUAGGAUGUGCUAUUAUUAAAGCAACUAAUAGGUUUGCAUAAGCAUAAAAGUGCAUAUUAUUUACAUGUUUUUAAGCAUAUAUGGAAAAUUUAACCAUCUCCCACACACCAUCAAAGCAUUUACCAUCAUCGUCACAUCCAGGAUUAGCACCAGGAUAUUUUGCAUCACAAAAAGGGGAGGCUUCCCCUUAAAACUGAUGACGUACAAUAUAAGGACAUCACAUUUAGAUUUGAUUCAGGCUGAUGACAGAUGACACAAAUGAUGUCCUAUGAGUGCUUCAUAGGAAUAACACUUAUGAAGACCCACCCAUGAAAGGAGUGUGCUUCAGGUUGUGUCGAUGUUUGCGCCAUACAGACAGACGGGUCUGAACUGUAUGAACUGAACAUAACAACAUGCUUUGAGAUCUCCAAACCAUAUUGUAGUACAUCGACCAACAUUGCAGCAAUGAUAAUGGAACAGUACGUCUCGAUCUGUUCAUCUCAUUCCUCUGCAUAGCCAGCAGCGCCCCUCCCAGUAUGACCAUGUUUGUUUUGUGCUCAGGUACGACCCUCGGAUCGCUGUUAUUCUAGGCUCAGCGCUCCACCCCACAGGAAACGGAGCGGGCCUGCACCGCUUACACAAACCACCCAUGCGAGCAUAUUUAUUACCUCUGAUUUUGAGUUGUGUGAGACACCCUUAAAGCAAAAGGAAAACCAAGAGUCACGCUUAUCUGAUCUGCAAUAAAUGACUUUCAUUGUUGCAUGGAAGCAAUAUUAACAUCUCAUUACACAGUGCAACGGGAGAGCAAAACCACAAGUAGAAGAAACAAUAAAUAGAUUCUUUAAAAAAAUCAUUGUAACUAGAAUACAUCCACUUCAUACCAAAAUAUACAGCAGAAACAAAGAUCAGAUUUGCAAGGGAAGCCAAUCUCCACAUUUCCUGAACAUAUACCAAACAAACUAUGAUAGCAGGAAAGAUAGUUCACAAAGUACACACACUGUACCUUUUCUCAGAGACAAAUAACAAAUAGUAGCUUACUUUCAAAGCAAUAGUGGAAACAUUUUUUAUUUUUUUAGAGACAUUUUUUUUUUUCCGUACUUAGAUUUGAAUCAUACUUAAAAGGAAAGUUCACCGACAAAAUGAAUAUUAUGCCAUUUUUUACUCACAAAUCUGACUUCUGGUGAAUUCAAAUAAACAAUUUUUGUCUAUACAAUGGGAAAUCCAAAGUCAAUGGGAUCCAAAACAACAUCAUUGAAUUCUGUUGUUUAGACAAAAAACAUUUUCCUAAAUACCUUACAGAUUUGGAUGAGUAAAUGCUGACAGAAUAUUUAUUCAGAGAUGAACUAUACCAAUCCCCUGCCCUCUUUAAGUCUAUUCUUAUGUGCUAACAUUUAUUUAAAUCACAAUAACUAAAUCAAAAUCCAAACAUCUCCAGUAACCUUUUUAGAAAGAGCUCAUUAAAAAUAUAUGCUUUCACCACUUCUCUUUAGAAGAUCUUCUGAACCCACAAAACACCACCAGCGGUGGCUACACUACCCCAACGGAGAACCUGAAGGUAUGAAACGCCUGUAAAAAAAUACUUCUCUUCGAUAUUUCGUGUCGCCACACUGUUAUAUGGUGUUCUACUCUACAGAAGUAAAAUGGUGUCUUUUGUCGGAUACAGUAAACAAAGGUUUCAGACUUUGGCUUGCUUUGUAAACAGAGGCCACUCGGGAACAGGAGGGUUUUGGGGGUGUACGGUGGGCAGGUUGCUACCCUCAUCUCUCAGAAUGCUACUUUUGAGAGUUACAUCAAGUCUUUCAACACUCACCACACAUGCAAAUACUCACAAACUUAGUUUUACUCUGGGCCAGUUUGUUCUGAACAUGCUACACAUUCAGCGAAAUGCCACAGCAAAGACAAAGAAUCACAUCAUAGACCAGAUGCAAGGAACAAAACCAACCCAGGCCCCAAAAUGAAGCUCUACAGAGUAGACCCGAUGGGACUCAAUGGACACAGCCUGCAAAUCAUUUACGGCUACUCAAUCUUUUGUUUUUUAACAUUUCAACAUAUUUGAGGGAGACAUUUAAAGCAAUAUGGCAUGAUGUGCCCAGUGCAUUAUGAACACGUGGCCUUUCAAAUUUAUGGAAUUGAGGCCUGGCUUCGUUUUUUUCCGCCCUUUUCGGCUGGCAGAGCUGUAGCACAGAUAGAGUUAGACUGCACAGAUCAAUUAAACGCCACAUGAAUUAUGGCGGAAGAGCAGAAGAGCACAGCCAAA